AUUUACUACACAUUAAAAUAGUUUAGACAUUUAAAUAAAUUGAAUUAUUGUGAUGGUCAGAAUUAUGAACAAACAGAAUAAAUCAACAUCUGAUGUUUUCAAUGUGUUUGUUUUUCAGAAAUGUCUCAAACUUUAUAUUUCAGCGUUCUUCUCAUCGCUCUCUGUUCAUUAUCUGAAUGCAUUCAUCGCCGCUAUCACCACAUAAACAUGAUGAAGACCUGGACUGAAGCUCAGAGAUACUGCAGAAAAAACUACACAGAUCUGGCCACAGUCAACAACAUCAAUGACCUGAAACAACUGAUGAAGAGUGUGGAUUACAGUCUGACUUAUGAUGUCUGGAUUGGACUGAUGAAUACAGGUGUUUAUAAAUGGAAGUGGUCUCUUGGUGAUCCUGUGAGAUAUACAAACUGGUCUAAUGGAGACUCAAAUGGUUCAGAUCAUUGUGUUUAUAUAAAGGGUGGAUCAUGGUAUCAUCAGGACUGUAAUAUGAACAUGAGAUUCAUCUGCUACAAUGGUGAGUGA